AUUUUUGCAUUUGGUACCAGAGAUUAGAAACUAAUUACUCUUGUGAUAUUCUCUCACAAGGGUGUGUAAUUAAGGCAUAGAAAAUAUGGCAUCCUUUGCCAGCAAUAAUUAUCCUUUGGUGUUUUUCUUUGUUCUCUUUUCACUGGCCAUGCGCUUAGCUCAUGGGACUAAUUAUGCACCAACAUUAUUCAUAUUUGGAGACUCAACUUUUGAUGUUGGAACCAACAACUUUCUUAAUUCUAAAGCAAAGGCCAACUUCCCCUACAAUGGCAUUGAUUUUUAUCCUCCAUUUCCCACAGGAAGGUUUAGUAAUGGCUUCAACACUGCUGACCAAAUUGCGAGACAAUUCGGUUAUAAGCAGAGCCCACCACCAUUUUUAACUUUGGAGAAAGACCAAUACAGCCUAAAGAAGAACAUUCUGAAGGGUGUAAAUUUUGCUUCAGGGGGAUCUGGAAUUCUUAGAGAAACAGGGCACUCAGAAUGGGGAGAAGUGGUUUUCUUUGAAAGGCAGGUGGAACAAUUUGCAUCGGUUGGUGGAAACAUCAGUGAGAUGUUGGGACAUGCACAAGCUGCUAAAUUUGUUUCCAAGGCUUUGUUUCUCAUUAGCGUUGGAAGCAACGACAUCUUCGAUUAUGCACGUAACGACAGUGGCUCCAUUCAUUUGGGCGCAGAAGAAUACUUAGCUGUUGUACAACUCACAUAUUACUCUCAUAUAAAGAAACUAUAUGAGUUGGGGGCAAGGAAAUUUGGCAUCAUAAGCGUUGCAACCGUAGGUUGCUGUCCUGCUGUAAGCUCUCUCAAUGGAGGGAAGUGCGUGGAACCACUGAAUGAUUUUGCAGUUGCAUUUUAUUUAGCUACACAAGCUCUUCUGCAAAAGUUGAGUUCAGAAUUGAAAGGGUUCAAGUACUCACUUGGCAACUCUUUUGAAAUGACCUCGACCUUGUUAAAGAGUCCAUCGUCCUUCGGGUUGAAGUAUACACAGUCAGCAUGCUGCGGAAUUGGAUAUCUGAAUGGGCAAGGUGGAUGCAUAAAAGCCCAAAACGCCAAUCUUUGCACAAAUCGCAAUGAGUUCUUGUUUUGGGAUUGGUUUCAUCCCACUGAGAUAGCUUCUUUGUUGGCAGCUAAGACAUUAUUUGAAGGAGACAAAGAGUUUGUAACUCCAGUGAAUUUACGUCAGCUAGCUUAUUCCUAUUGAUCAUGUCUAAGCCAUAACAUAAGUAACCAAUUACUAUAAUUUGAAGUGAAAUAACGUAGCUGGCAUCUCUCACUAGUGCCGGUUUUAGGCUCUUUUUUUCUUUUGUUGAGAAAAAUUCUCAUGCAUAAUCUAAUGAUAUGCUAAUAAGAGUUGCUAUUUAUAAUUGGCAUCCAGU